GUCUUUCUUGAGUCUCGCCUAGGGUUUCUGCUGCUAUCUCUCACCGCCGUCCGCCAUGGCCAAGAGAACCAAGAAGGUUGGGAUUGUCGGCAAAUAUGGAACCCGUUAUGGUGCCAGUCUGAGGAAACAAAUCAAGAAGAUGGAAGUUAGCCAGCACAGAAAGUACUUCUGUGAGUUCUGUGGCAAGGAUGCUGUGAAGAGAAAGGCUGUGGGAAUCUGGGGGUGCAAGGACUGUGGCAAGGUUAAAGCAGGAGGUGCCUACACCAUGAAUACCGCAAGUGCUGUGACUGUGAGGAGUACCAUCCGCAGAUUGAGGGAGCAGACGGAGAGCUAGAUGUGUUGGAAGCUAGUCUUUUCCAGAUUUUCAAGUUUUGUUACCUGUCAACAAUGUAUCUUCCAUUUCCGGUUGAUUUACUUUGGAACCUUGUAGGACCUAAUGUAGCAGGGGGUUAUGUUAUUUGAUUAAAGAUUUUGUCCUUGUAUCUCAUGUGAUACCUUUAUGCAUUUAGAAGCUAGCUUUCAGCAGAGUUUCUUUGCCGUGGCCUUCUUUUGGUGAUGUUUGCAUUUGAACUGUUGUGCUAAUCAAUUAGGGUGAUCUUCCUGCUGCUAGUAUUGGCCUCGGUUUGUUCAAUGUACAAUGGUUGCAAUGUCUGUCUGAUUGUAAUCUGUUGUUAGAGUUGGACAACUCUGCCGGCAACUUUUUACGGCUCAGAUUCGUCACUCGUCGUUCUAUGUUGCUGCUCUUGGAUUUUCUAAAAAACAACGCAUCAAAGAAAUAUGGCACACUAAA